AUGCAAUUCUCAACCAUAUUUGCCAUCUUCGCCGGCCUCACUCUUGUCGCUGCACGUCCAACAACUCCUGCUGCACUUCAAGCUCGCGUGGAGGAAUGCAGUUGUUCUGAUGCGCAAGGCGCUUAUGCUGUCUGCUUGUUGGAGAGUUGUGGCCAUGGUUGCACAGAUGAAGAUUUCGCACCUUGUGUCGCCAGUGUUGAGGCUGAAUGCAUCACGGAUUGGACUACUUGCCCAUUGCCACCUGCGUAG